AUGGGGAAUGAAGCUUCUCUUCCAGAUCUUUGCUCUACAUUUGACGUUGAGGAAAUAAAACGUUUGGCCAAACGAUUUAAAAAACUUGAUCUUGAUGGUUCUGGAUCUUUAAGUGUAAAAGAGUUCAUGAGUCUUCCUGAACUUCAACAAAACCCCCUAGUUGCCAGGGUUAUCGAGAUUUUUGAUACUGAUGGCAAUGGAGAAGUCGACUUUAAGGAAUUCAUAGAUGGGAUGUCGCAGUUUAGUGUAAAGGGCGAAAAAGAAGCCAAGUUGAAGUUCGCGUUUAAAAUAUACGACAUGGACAAAGAUGGAUACAUUAGUAAUGGCGAAUUAUUUCAGGUUUUGAAAAUGAUGGUUGGAAACAACUUAAAAGAUACUCAAUUGCAACAAAUAGUGGAUAAAACUAUCAUGUUUGCUGACAAAGACGGAGAUGGUCGGAUUUCAUUUGAGGAGUUUUGUGAAGUUGUUAGCGGUCUUGAUGUGCAUAAGAAAAUGGUAGUUGAUGUGUGAUAUGUUUUCGUAUUUCAGGGCGAACACUGUCUUUCAAUCAUGAAAUCAUAAUCUAGUAGUACAUAUUUCCAAUCUCAGUUAUCUUUCAAUACAAAUGCAUCUUAAUAGUUGAGAUCAUGAGUCAAUUAAAGCUAUACCACCAUGGGAAACCAGGAAGUAUUAGAUAGCCGUCUCGUUCUACUGUGGGACUCCUGAGCAGUGCUUAAAUUCCGCAAUUUAUGUUAUACUCCAAGUAUUGACGUUAAUUUCUUUGAAUCAGUUUUAUUUUCUCGGCUUUUGCUACUACUAAUAACACUACUCAGAUUGGUGUAUUCUUUUCGGCGUUCUUACCUGCUUUAAAUGACAAGAUGUUGAUUUGUUUUGUUCUGAUCAGCCACUUGAUAACGUUCACUCAGUUUCAAUGUAUGUAUGUCACAGUACAUAUAUUUUUCAUAGAGUAAGUUUAAUCAUUCUUUCAAGACUGACUACAAUGCUUUACUGAAUACACCUGUUGACUUGGUAUCCCUAUUCUGUAUUCUUCGUAAUCGACGAAAACAAGUCGUUCUAUGAGCAUCUGUUGCACAUUGCCACUCUACUCCUAUUUUUGUAACUAUUAUAUAUCUUACUUUUCAAAAAUAAAAGCAUUGUAUUAUAUUCA